AUGGCUCCCGCAAAGAAGGAGGGUGAGAAGAAGAAGGGCUGGUCUGCCAUCAGUGAGGUAGUGGCCAGAGAAUACACUAUCAACAUUCACAAGCGCCUCCGUGAAGUGGGUUUUAAGAAGCAUGCCCCUAGGGCACUCAAAGAAAUCUGGAAAUUUGCCAUGAAGGAGAUGGGAACUCCAGAUGUGCACAUGGACACCAGACUCAACAAAGCCGUCUGGGCCAAAGGAAUAAGGAACGUUGCAUACCGGAUCCAUGUGCGGUGGUCCAGAAAAUAUAAUGAAGACAAAGACUCGCCAAACAAGCUCUACAUGUUGGUUAUCUACAUGCCUGUCACCACCUUCAAAGAUCUACAGACAUUCAGUGUGGAUGAGAACUAA